UCGAAAUACGAUAUGUGGCAGAUCCCUAUAUAAGUUCUUAUCAAAUAUUGGAUGUUUACUUACCUUUAUGCUGUAUACAAUCAAGGUGUUUUUUUACCUUGUGAUAUAUAGGAACCAAUAAGUCAUUUUAUGUUACUAUACUGUAUUGGAGAGGAGGACAGAGAAAACACUGUGUUCUAGAAUACGUGUUUGAUUGCAGACAAUCAGGGUAUAAUUUGCCUGCUGAGCGUUCAGAAUGGCCAAGAGGCAGCGUCUACUAUCAUUGAAGGACCGUAAAGAAGGCCUUCACCGAAUGCUUAUCGAGGAUCUGUCCCUGCAUAUUAGCAAGGAAGGUCUUGAUGGCCUAAAGAGUGUCACUCCUGAACUGGGUGAGGGACGGGCAGAGGAAAUUACCACCUUUAGAAAGCUUUGCACGUUCCUCGAAAACCGGGCUUUUCUUGGUCCAGACAAUUACGAUCGUCUGAAACAAAUGUUUGAGUCAGUCGGCUUAUACAAACUUAUUGAACGAUUAGAUGAGGCGGAGAAAAAUAUUUCACAACUCGGUGUAGACACUCCAUCUGGUUCACCUACUAUGAUCUCACCGACUACCCCAGGUUCUACACCGAUGCCCAAUUCUCCCCACUUCGAUGCAUCGCAUGGACUGGCAGCUACAGUUAACUGGGGAAAUAAUGACGACCUUGCUUACCCCCUGAAUGAAGGGGCAUAUCCUGGACUGGCGCUGAUAAUAAACAACUUUACCUCACCCAAUCAAGCCUCUUACAGGAAAGGCACAAUAGAAGAUGAAAAAAGAUUGGUUGAUCUUUUCCAAAAUACUCUUAAGUUCAGAGUGAGAGUCGAGCGUGACGUACAAAGGGAAUCCCUCGGCGAUAUCCUGACGCAAUGUCAAGCACAUCUAGAGCACGAGGACAAAUUUUUCAAACCAACCGUGGAAAAGUACAACUGCUUCGUAUGUGUUAUACUAAGUCAUGGAAAUAAGGAUGGUCCUUUGAUGGUCCCAACUGACAACAAGAAACAAAAAAGUGAUUAUGUUAGUGUGGACGAAAUCGUCGAUCAUUUUAAACCAGACAAGGUUAAGUCACUAAAAGGGAAACCUAAGAUUUUCAUCAUCCAGGCGUGUCGAGGAUCAAAUUUCCAACAAGCAGUGGAUGACGAAUCACAACAAACACCAGAGGAUGUGACAAAGCAAGAGGAAAUAGAUUCAGAUAUUAAUCCGCGAGUCAGUACUCCCGUAGAUGCCGAUAUCGUGAUUCAAUACUCGACAACCAAAGAUUAUGUGUCUUUACGGAAUAAGCAGACGGGUUCUUGGUUCAUAGAGGCGUUAACAGACACUAUAUUCGAACGCCAUAAGCAGGAGGACCUCAUGUCUAUGAUGACGCGGGUAAACAAAACCAUCGCACAAAAGAGCGGCAUGGUCGAUGAGAAAAUAACUAAGCAGAUGCCUUGUAUAGUCUCCACGUUGACGGGACGCGUGUACUUCAAUUAAGCACUACUAUAGUCUAUAACAGGGGGAAAUGCCCCAGAAUUCAUAGAGGGACCGAUAUCUUAGUAAAGACUAACAUCUAAAAUGUGUAUGGAGAAAGCUUCAACUAUGAAUUAUUGGAUACCCUCUCCCUUCCUUGCCUAUAACACUGAAAACGAAGCAUGUGUAGUUCUCGAUAGUUAUUUUGUUAAGGAAGUUCCGCAUGAUGCGUAUUUUUGUAAUGUUCACGAUUCUAAUAAUAAUUGAUGUUCUUGUUCGAGGCCCAUUUUGUGACCAAUGGCAUUACAAUACCCGGGGAUCGUUUCGUGCAGUGUGUCUGGGAAAAGCCCCCUUCCUCAGGUAAUAAGGGGGUGUGGUGUGUCUUUAUCAUGAUUGUGUAUUAUUACACGUAUAUAUUUCUUGAGAACACCCU